CUGUAGCUUGACUGGAGGGUUUCUCUGCCUGGUGUGGGAUUCACAUCCUAACGCUCAUGUGGUAACAUCCAGCAUCGCUUGGCUCCCCCUGCACGCUGGCCUGAUUCCAGGGAUUUGAAGUAGACAAGAGAUACAGACAGAGAUAGAGAGUGCAUACACGCUGGAGAGAGAUAAGUAAGAGGAGGGGUAAAGAAAACUGUCGAAGAAGAACCAGUGGUUUAUCAACUGACUGAACACUACAAAUCCACUAACAUGGCAGCCAUGGAAGCACUCCAAUCCACAAGUGCCCUGCUAGAGCCUCAAACCCUCACCGAGAUCUCAGACGAUGAGGUCAACCUUCCACCCUCAGACGACGAAGACGAUGCCCUUGCCGCAGUCAAGAAAGAGCUCUCCAUCAUGGGUACGGAUGGGGACGCGGCGGAAGACAAGGACGACGCAGUGAAGCUGGACACACAGGUGAACGGGGUCAUGGUGCUGUCUUUGCUUGAUAAGAUCAUCGGGGCGGUGGACCAGAUCCAGCAGACCCAGAGCGGGCUGGAGGCCAGGCAGCAGGAGAUGGAGCGCUCGGUGACCAACAUUCAGGGCGAUCUGACCAAACUGUCCAAGAGUCACAGCACCACGUCUAACAGCGUGAAUAAGAUGAUGGAGAAAGUGCGCAAGGUCAGCAUCAACGUCAAGACGGUGCGGGCCACCCUGGAGAAGCAAGGAGGCCAGAUCAAGAAACUGGAGAGCAACGAGGCUGAGCUGCUCAAGAGACGCAACUUUAAAGUCAUGGUCUACCAGGAUGAAGUGAAGGUUCCCUCAAAACUAAGCAUCUCAAAAUCCAUGAAGGUUUCUGAGUCUGUGUCAGGAAGCAAAGGAGGCAGCCUACUGGAGCUCAAGGAAGCUGUGGAAGAGGAGGAGAGAGGAGACGGAGAGAAGGAAGACAAACCCCACAUAGACCUCUCAUCGGAUGAAGAGGGGGUGGAGAUUGAGGAGACCAUUGAGGAGUCCCGUGCAGAGCGCAUCAAGCGAAGCAGCCUUCAGCGCGUACAAACCCUGAAGACGGUCUUCUCAAAGGAGAAGAUGGAUAAGACCAGAGCAAAGACCAAAGAGAACCUGGAGAAGACAAAGCAGAAAACCAAGGAGAACCUGGAGAGGACAAGGCAGAAAACCAAGGAUAAUUUAGAGAAGACCAAGCAGAAGACCAGACAGAACCUGGAGAAGACACGUCACAACAUUGAGAAGAAGAUGGGGAAGCUCGGAACACGGAUGAGCGUCAACCCUGAGCACAAACAGAAGAUCCAGACAUCCCGCGACAAGGUGAAGAAGGCCUUCACGCCAGACCAUGUUGUUUACGCCCGGUCCAAGACUGCUGUGUACAAGGUGCCCCCCUUCACCUUCAAAGUCAGGAAAGUCCGCGAGGGCGCCGUUGAGGUGGUCCAAGGCACCGAGAUGGUGGAGGUGUCCCAGGAUGCUGAUCCCUUCAGUGGAGUGGAGGAUGAGGUUGAGGAGGGCGCAGUGGAGGUCGAGAUGGAGAUGAUGAAUGGAGGUGGAGAUGAGGAAGAGGCUGAGGAGGAUGAAGAGGACGACAGCCAUGAUGCUCUGCAAGAGAAUGAAGACAGAGAUAGAGACAGUGACUAGAUAAAGAAUAAGGAAUUUCCUAACAUAAUCCCUGAGGUUCUUUUGUAAAAAUUGAAUAAUUGUGGGGAUUGGGAAGAUUGCUACAGAGUAAUUAUGGUUGAUUACAACUUGGGUCUCAUUUUUUGUUAUCAUUUUGGCCAUUAUUCCUAUCAGUUAUGAUAACUUUGUACUGACAAGUCAUUGCUGAGAUCUGGGAACAUAGCCUCAUCGCUCCAAAUUUGACUGGUCAUUCAUACGAUCAUACAGGUGGUUAGCCAGCCAUCAUUUAGUCCAGAUGAUCUAAUCACCUUUAUUUGGACUUAACAUUUAAAAGGGAUGACCCAAACUGUCGGUCAUAAUCUUUCAUCAUACAGGAAAAUAGUGUGCAAAGUACUAGUGUAAAGUGUAUUGUAGGUCAAAGUUGAACCAGGAUGUUGGCAAUGUAACACCGUGUGUUUUCUCCUCCAAUUAAGUUUGUUGUUUCCAUCCCGUCUGAUAGCCGGACUGUUAGUGUCUCUCAACUCGUCAGACUACUUAAUAGCAAGGUCGCCUAUGGCUGGAUUAGCAACCAGGCAGAGCAGGCAACAGCCCCAGAAAUACACGAGGUGUGUCAACUGAUUUGUGCAAGUUUGCUUUGUUUGGGAAUAUACAAUAUCAAAGCUUCAGUGCAUCAUUCUUUUUACAUUAAAUGUCCCAUGGCAUGAAUAUUUCACUUUACUUUUUUAGUUUUUUUAACAUUAAUAUGAGUUCCCCCAGCCUGCCUAUGGUCCCCCAGUGGCUUGAACUGGCGCUAGGUGUAAACUGAGCCCUGGGUAUCCUGCUCUGCCUUUGAGGAAAUGAAAGCUCAGAUGGGUCAAUCUGGAAUGUUGCUCCUUAUGAAGUCAUAAGGGGCAAGGCUACCUCCCCUUUCUCUAUUUUGCCCGCCCAGAGAAUUUGGCCCAUCCAUGAGAGAGAGACAUCAUGGCUUUGAAAUUAACAAAGUGGCAGUUGGUCAAGCCGCCUCCUCCUUGCCCCCCCUUCUCAGAAAUGGCACAUACUAAGGAAAGCUCAUUGUGGGACUGGCUCUAGUGGCUGUAAUUCUGCACCAAGGCUGAUUUUUUUUUCAGAUACAGUAUUAGGGGACCACCAAGGUCUAUAUAAAAACAUCCAAGAGCACCAUGUCACGGGACCUUUAAUGAAUGCCUGUUACAUUCAAGCCAUUGACUUCAAGCCAUUUAGCCAAAUGACUAAAUGACAAAAUUAAUUGAGAGCUCUAUACAACUCUCUCUGUAUUUCUCAGGGUGGCUUUGUUUCGAAAAUUGUGUCGUUUGGCAACAUUCACGCAGAUACUCGAGUGAAGAUAAUGACCUCUUCCAUCAUGUUUUUUCAAUCCUCCGUGUCCUCCUUGGCUACUAGUAACUGUGUGGAGGAGGGGUGGGGUUGGUGCACGAUUACGGAAGGCUUGUGUCAUGUGGAUGCAACAACAGUGGUGUUGUCAUUACUUUAGUAUUUCUCAUGGGGGAGACAGAGACUCCGCACUCUAGCUUUAAAGCACACUAUCAACUGACAUGAUGACUGACUCAAGCUUGAUUUAGGGUGGUGCAGAUCUUUUGCCAUAGCCUACGUAAGUGGCCUGAAGUUUAUACUAGUGCGUUGGUAUAAAUCACGCUUUAUGGUAGGUCUGGCUUUAUUGAAUACUCAUGAGGCCCUGUCUUGAAGAGGGUCCCUAUAUACAAAUGACUCACAAGUAGUUUGAACACUGUCGCUUGUAGUGAGGAAUUAUCACCUGUCCCUGCAAUUCCCUGUGGAUCUAGGCAAAGGUUUUGCAUCUUCCAGUUCAUUGUUUAAUGGCCAAAACAUAACCAAAGAGCAAAGCCAGGGCCAGGUACAGUUGUAUUCUAGCGUAUAAAAACUGUAGCCUACACAUUGCACAGAGUUGGACCCUUAGCAGGUUAGCAUUCCCAGAUCUUCAGCCGAUAGGAAUGAUGGACAAAAAAAAGACCCAAGUUGCGAAUUCUUUUUAACAACUUAGGUUUUACUUUAUUCGACUACAGAUUGUGUGCUUAAAAGAAAAAUCAGAAAAGGCUUCAUUUAAAAGGGGCUUAAUGAAAAACCCAUCUUUGCAAUCACACUUCAAGGGUUGUAUACAGUCCAUUUGUAUUUGGAUAGUGUAGAUGAUCAUGACAUCUGAAAGAAGAAUAAAAUGGGAAGAGGCAACUGAAAAUAACACUAUUCUUGGUUGGGAAGGGUGGCGGUCCAAAAACUGACAUGAUCAAGAAAUUAUUAAAAGGGGACACCAUCAUUCCCAUUGUAAGAAAGUGUAAUUUGUCAUUUCCUUUCCUGUUUCACGUUUUGUUUUUAUUAAAACCACAACCACUGACAACUAGUGGGAUGAGCUAAUAAAAAUAAAUCAUCUCCUGUCACUGAUUCUUCAGUAGUAUUAGGAUAACAUAAAGAAAAUGAUCCCACAGACUGUAAAAAAGCAGAUUCCCAAAGGCCAAUUUUUUCAAAAACACAGUACAUAUUGGUGCUUAAAAUAUAUAAAUUCUUUCUGUAUUACAAACCACACAUGCAUAAUUAUUCCUUCCACCCCUUUUUGUUGUUCAGCUGUUUAAAUGCUGUUAAGUGUUAUGUUACUCUGCUAAAUUUACUCAUUUUUUUUAGAAGCACAGUGAUUUGCUUUGUAAUUUCUAGGUUUUGAUGAACUCACAUUUAGGUAUUUGUGUAUGAUUUUGUAUGUGACCACAAUUUACACUUGGCGGAUGUCAUCUUCUUUUCAUUACUGACAGAAUGUAGCUUAACUGCUGUAGUUUUAGCAAACCUUAUUGCAUGUUAUACUCUUACGCAACGUUUUACUGCCAAAGAAUAACCAUGAAAAUGAAGGUCUGCAAAAUCUGCACCAAAAAAAGAAAAGAAGAAGAAGGCAGAAACAGCUCAUCCAUAGGUCCAAUGCAUUUCCCUCACUAUUGGUAUCCACUUUCAUUAUCUUCUC